AGCAACUCGAAGGCUAAAACCAUGCUGCGCUUUAACGCAUGGAGAAAUGGCCUAUAGGUUUCUGUCCAGCCGCGCGGCGCCGUCCUCCAGCUCCAAGUUCAGCAGCAGGUUCAUGUUCAUCUUUACGCUCUCGCUGUCCUUCACGUACGUGUGCUACAGCGUGCUCUUCUGCUCGGCUCCGGUUAUACCGAGCAGCCGCUUUGAGGAGCGACGGUGCGCGCGUGGAGAGAGCGCCGGCGCCAAGAAGCUGCUGCAGAAUUCAGCCGCUUGCACGGACGCGAACUCGAACCGAAGUGAACUAAAAGCCACGGCGGCCCCAAUGCGUGUGGCUCUGAACCGGAGCGAGCAGUCAAGCAUGCGGAACUCGCGUGUGCGCGGUCCCGACGUGACGCGCUCUAAACCGGCCAACGCUUCCACCAUUAGCGCGAGCGCGCAGCGGUACGGAAACAAGAAGCUGCCCAACGCGAUGAUCGUGGGUGUGAAGAAGGGCGGCACGCGCGCCGUGCUGGAGUUCAUCCGCAUACAUCCGGAUGUGCGUGCGCUCGGCACCGAGCCGCACUUCUUCGACCGGAACUACGACAAAGGAAUGGACUGGUACAGAGGCCUAAUGCCACGAACACUGGACAGCCAAAUCACCAUGGAGAAAACACCCAGCUACUUUGUAACACACGAGGCUCCACGCCGCAUAGCCACAAUGUCCCAAGACACCAAGCUCAUCGUGGUGGUGCGAAAUCCGGUGACACGAGCCAUCUCUGACUACACUCAGACACUGUCCAAAAAACCAGACAUCCCCAGCUUCGAGGAGCUCGCCUUCAAGAACAGAAGCCAGGGAUUGGUGGACACUUCGUGGAAUGCCAUCCGCAUAGGCAUGUACAUCCUGCACCUAGAGAACUGGCUGCAGUACUUCCGACUCUCCCAGAUCCACUUUGUAAGCGGUGAACGGCUCAUCACAGACCCGGCAGGCGAACUGGGCCGCGUGCAAGACUUCUUGGGACUGAAACGCAUCAUCACAGACAAGCACUUCUAUUUUAACCGAACAAAAGGCUUCCCAUGUUUAAAGAAGCCUGAGAGCAGCAGCACUCCUCGGUGCCUUGGCAAGUCCAAGGGCAGGACGCAUGUGCAAAUCGACCAGGAGGUCAUCGAGCAGUUGCAUGACUUUUAUAGACCUUUCAAUGUGAAAUUUUAUGAAAUGGUAGGACAUGACUUCAGAUGGGACUGACAUGGUAUCAUUUCUUAAAUGAUGAAUGAGUCAUUGGAUCAGAUCUGUCAGCCAGAUAAGAUCACUGACAGAAGGAGAGAAUGAAAACAGAAAACCUCAAAGGACACCUUAAACAAACGAAGACCAAAUGCUCUUAAGAUAUAAAAACUAGCUUAUAAGCUUACUGAAUGAUUCUAC